AUGGUGAAGUCGGCGUUAUGCUUUUUUUCUAACCCUGGAGAGGUCAAGCGGUGGCCAGUUGGCGGUUGCAUGGCCAACAUGUACCUGAUUCGUGGCGAAACUGGGCAGUGUGGAUGCACACCCACUUCGUAUCCUUCUUAUCAACCUGCAUAUCAGCCAAAUUAUGUCUCUUCGGCAUAUUACUCUCCGGGACCGAUCGCCGGAUACAUUCUCAGGCCGGUAGGACCAGCCCCAAACGCGGGAUAUGCAGUACCAGGAGGAAGUGAGACAUGUCAUUUUGUUUUGAGCCUAGCCGCCUGUAAUAUCGCGACG